AUGGCUUGUCUCCACUUUCUCAAACAAGAGAUUCGAACGCUUGAAGCCCUAUUCCCACAAUCUCACGAUCGCUUCCAGGAAACUUACCCGUCAUCCCCUCCUGUAUGGUACAUCGAAACGGAUGAUGCUGCCAUUUCCAGCAUCGUCGAAAAACUCAGCAACACGAUUGGCAAAGAUAAUCACUUGUAUUAUGUUGACAUCUUUUUAGCUGUAAUGAUAAACUCCAUUUUCGUCAAAGACUUGUGCGAAUUUUACAACAUUGAACUGAUCAAAGUCGAUCAUUCCAUGGCCAGUACAUUAGCUGGCUUUUUCGACUUUUCUGGAGCGGCCGAAUCGACAAAUGAGGGUAUUGAAACUGAGCACCUGAUGACGCUAGAGCGAUUGAAGGCUACGCAGCAAAAUGAGCUGAGCAAAGGAACCCCGAAUCAUUCAGUCAAGGCUUCAGAUCGCCUCAUGAAGGAACUCAGGGACAUAUACCGUUCCCAAAGCUUCAAAAAAGGUGAGUUUGUGUCCUUCUCCAAAGUUCCACGAAGAGCUGCAUGGCUUUUUGUGAGGAAUCGCGAUUCACUCGGUGGCUUACUGUACUUUUUUCUCUCCGUCGAAAAGCUCCAUGAGAUUGACUCUUACCCGUUUGAUCCUCAGUUUGUCCGGGUUGUGCAUCCAAUAAUCGGAGGUGGGUACGUACUUAUUGUUGGUGCCAUUUGCAUGGAGCUGCUCACCAAACAGGGCUGGAGCUCAGCAUACACGGUGGAAGCGAUCAUAAUGCAAAUAGCAGCUACCCUCGUCAAGGGAAAGGCACAAAUCAAGGUCGGAGGAUCUUCACAA